CAAAAUUCAGAAUGUCCAGCCCCUAAUGGCUUGACUAUUUGCACGGCCACAACGUACUUAUCUCGAUAAGAAAGUACUACCGUACAUAGCAAUAACCCCUGCUACGUCCCGCAUUUGUCUCCGGAGAGUUUGGAGCUUGAGCUCUGACGUGUUGCAAAGUGGCAUCUUCAUUCCAAGCUAGCAUUUCAAAGCACACACCAGCGCCCGAAUGAAUCUUGCUGCGGUCAGAAUUGCCCCUCGUUUUUCUAAUAAAUUAAACCAUCCCGCUUACUUACACAACCAGACCAUCUGGCAUUCCUGAAGCCCUUUCGAAUUUUUCUCGUUCAUUUGUUGUUCAUGAACUAGACCGAAAUAUCUACAGCCAUGGUCCUCCUUAAGAGCCUUGUGCUCACCGGCCUCACUGCCGUCGUUGUAGCCAAAUCCGCCGUCCUCGACCUCGUCCCAGACAACUUUGACCAGGUUGUCCUUAAGUCGGGCAAGGCCUCUCUGGUCGAGUUCUUCGCCCCGUGGUGCGGCCACUGCAAGAAUCUCGCUCCCAUUUACGAGGAGCUCGCACACGCUUUCGAAUUCUCCAAGGAUGUUCAGAUCGCCAAGGUUGAUGCGGAUGCCGAGAAGUCAUUAGGUAGGAGGUUUGAUAUUGGGGGCUUUCCGACCCUCAAGUGGUUCGAUGGUAAGAGCGACAAGCCAACCGAAUACAAUGGCGGACGAGACCUCGAGAGUUUGACCAAGUUCAUCACGGAGAAGACUGGUGUCAGGCCCAAAAGGAAGCUGGAGCUGCCCAGCGCCGUCGACAUGUUGAACGACAGGACCUUCAAGGAGAUUAUUGGCAGUGAGAAGAACGUCCUUGUCGCAUUCACCGCACCAUGGUGUGGCCAUUGCAAGAGCCUCGCUCCCGUUUGGGAGACUCUGGCCGCGGAUUUUAUUAGCGAACCCAAUGUCACAAUCGCCAAGGUUGACGCCGAGGCCGAGAACAGCAAGGCUACCGCCAAGGACCAGGGCGUUACCUCAUACCCGACCAUCAAGUAUUUCGCUGCUGGCUCUACCGAAGGCGAACCCUACAACGGUGGCCGAUCCGAGGCAGAUCUUGUCAGCUUCGUCAACAAGAAGACUGGCACGCACCGUGUUCCGGGUGGUGGCCUUGAUGCGACUGCCGGUACCAUCGAUAUUCUGAACCAUAUAGCCAUGAAGUUCUCGGCUGGAGGUGCAGCGAUUUCUGACCUUGUCUCUGAGGCCAAGGCAGCUGCUGAGGGUCUUGCGACGGAUGCGCAAUACAAGUAUGCUGAGUACUAUCUCCGUGUGUUCGACAAGCUGUCCAAGAGCGACAACUACGUUGCUAAGGAAGUGGCUCGCCUCGACGGCAUCAUCAAGAAGGGCGGUCUUGCACCGGCCAAGCUGGAUGAGCUGCAGACCAAGACCAAUAUCCUGAGACAAUUCCUCCAGGACGUCACCGACAAGGUUAUUAGCGGUAAGGACGAGUUGUAAGGUGGUGUCUACUAAAUUUCUGGGAAAUUGGCACUGUUCACUGUCUAAGACAUACUGGGCCAAGCUACCCGCGUCAUCGUUGUCUGUUGGUUUGCCUUGGUGUAUCCUGGUACCAGGAGACUGUCAGCAAAGGUGGUGGCAAGCCUGGGUCUAGUCUUAUGCUUGGUGGAUGGGUGUCUGUACUAGAAUAGCAUUUAUCUAUUCACGGGCGUCUCCUCAUUCCCGUAUUAAUGAGCAAACCUGCAUACCUACU